GUGAGAAUUGGGACCAAAGAAUUUCUAAGUAUUACUGAAAACGUUCUCCAAAGCUGUUCUUUUAAAAACCAAUCUUGGCUGUCUUCUGGAAUAAGGUUGUCUCCAGACAGUAAACAUGUUGUGACAGCCUCUGGAUCCUGAUUGUACAUGUAUAAGUUAACUUGUCUACAAUGCAGGGUAUAUAAGGAGAGGAUUUUUAAAAAUCGAUGAGAGAACGAACCGCCAUCUGGGAAAUAAAUACCUGGCUCUCACAAGAAAUCGUUAAACUCGCUAAGAAAGCACCAUCUUAUCCAUAAAAGGUUCUCUGAGGAACUAUUCAAAACCACUACUUUGUUUCUGCUGAAGUUCUGACUACAAUUAAGACAUCAGGUGUGCCUUUUAGUACACGGGAGCACUUACUUCAAGUCUUGCUGAUUUGGAAGGAGCCUUUUCUUUACUCUGCAAGGACCUGAAAACCUGAAAGAUUGUAUAUUGAAGGGGGAGAAACUAACAUAAGAUCAGCAACAUGUCCAUCACCAACACCCCAACUAGUAAUGAUGCAUGCCUGAGCAUCGUGCAUAGCUUGAUGUGUCAUCGACAAGGUGGAGAAAGUGAAACUUUUGCAAAAAGAGCUAUUGAGAGUUUGGUGAAAAAAUUGAAGGAGAAAAAAGACGAACUUGAUUCAUUGAUCACAGCCAUAACAACAAAUGGAGCUCAUCCCAGCAAGUGUGUUACAAUACAGAGAACAUUAGAUGGCAGACUCCAGGUGGCUGGACGCAAAGGUUUUCCACAUGUGAUUUACGCUCGGCUCUGGAGAUGGCCUGACCUUCACAAAAAUGAACUCAAACAUGUAAAAUAUUGUCAGUAUGCAUUUGAUCUGAAAUGUGACAGCGUCUGCGUUAAUCCUUAUCACUAUGAGCGUGUGGUUUCACCUGGCAUUGGAUUUGUUGGUACAAGUUCAAAACAGUCUUGGAUUGAGUUUGUGCCUGGUAUACAACAGAGAAUGAAUACUAGAGCUUUGUGCUAUGAGGAUACAAACUGCUCAUUGCUGAAAUAGUUUUACAUCACAAAAUAGUACCAUGAAAGAAAAAGACUGCUCCAGUGAGAGACAUAGGAAGACUUUCUAGCUACCUGAACAUUCAUAUAUGUAUAUGACAGUGGGAAGAUGCAAGUUCCUCCUUACUACUUAAGAAAAGCAGGACUUAAGUUUGAUGCCAAAGGCAAAAGGUUCCCUUUCUAAAUGUGAACAACUGUGCUGUGUGCUUGUGCUUUUUUUGUAGUCAGAUUAUCUUAAUGAGCCUAGAAUUGAAAAA